GACCGAUGUUAUGAGCAGUCCGACUUUUGUGGCCUAAAAAGGGCUUGCCUGUAACUAAAUUAUCUUUAUUCCAAAAAGUCCUCAAUUCACUCUGAUGGAACGGAUGACGAGAAAACGCUUUGUCAUCUUGGGCCUGUCGUUGGUGACAGUUGCCCUCUUGUUGAGUGCAUUGAGCCAUCCUGCCAUCUACCCUGCCAAAUUAAGCAGCAUCGUCAACAUCGGCGACGAUAGCAUCGACACAGCCUUAGACAAAAAUAUGGAUGCUGUAGAUGUCAGCCUCGAUGAACCUGAAGAUGCGCCCAUCGAAGUCAAAUCAGCCCCGACCAAGCAAGAAGACUGGACUCCAAAAACCUUCCCUACCCCUGAAAAGAAGGUGGUGGAUAUGAUCAAUAAUAAUGUCAUGAACGAUAGCAAGGACAAAAUUUUGUUAACCGCAGUGGUGAAUAGCGGAAUGGCCGAUUAUACUCUCAACUGGAUCGAAUCUCUCAAGAGAUGUAAUCUUGAGAACCACUUUUUGGUGUUUGCCAUCGAUGAUGAAUUGGUAGACCAGUUGACCGAGGCAGGUUACGGCACCCACGUCGUCAAGAUUCCUGACGACUGGUUCCAUAAAAAGCUGAGUGGCGAGUUUGCAUCAUGGAAAGUAGGCGACUACACUCCCAUCACGCACUCCAAGUCUCUGGUGGUUGAACGACUUUUAUACCUCGGUAUCACUGUUUGGUUCUCAGACGUUGAUAUCGUCUUUACCAACCCUUCUAUUUACCACUAUCUUCUUCUCAAACUGAAAUCACGCAAAGAUGCCAAAACGAAGCAAGAAGUCACCGAAGUGCUGUUCACCCAGGAACUCGAACAACGACUUAUCAACAGUGGAUUCUAUCUUAUGCGACCCACUAACACCAACAAGCGCAUUAUUGCCGAUAGCAUUGAUAUUCAAGACAAGGAGCCGCAGGUUACACAACAGACAGCCAUGAACCGAAUUCUUGACGACAUGGAUUUAGGCUAUCAUUCCAGCCCCAUUGCUCUUUUAGAUUUGGCUCUCUUCCCUCAUGGUCGUUAUUAUUUUGAAAACAAGGUUCCAACCAAAUUUGAGAUGACACCUAUGAUGGUGCAUGCCAAUUACCGCCAAGGGCAAGAAAAGAAGGCGUCAUUACAGGAAGCUGGUCUGUGGUACCUAGAAUAAAUUUGUAUUAUCUUUUGUCAUUUAUAAAAAUCUCCCGAUCUUGCCAUUGAACACUGCCGGAAAUCUUACGAGUAAAACAGAACAGGUGGUGGGGGUUUCUCAUAAAAGUCCGUACCAUUUUGUACCGAUUUCCAACUCCGAGUAGCUGUAAGGCUGGCGUUCAUUGCCACCACAUUAAGGAGGUGUCUAUUGUUAUGAAACCAGCGUGAUAGUGGGUUCCAGCCAAGUCUUGGUGUAGAAAGAUCCAGAGACUCACUUUUUUGCCAAGUGUUAAAAAAAAAAAGAGUCGGAGUAGUUCACGUGAUUGUAAACCAAUGAGCGAAGAUUGUACAAUUUUGGUAAAACAGCACUCUGCGGGUUUUUUUUCAUAAAUCAC